CUUCCACGAGAAGGCAAAGAAACGACCGGUAUGAAAGUCAAAUCGUGAAAAGUAAUCCCCAUAAAUCGCCUCGGUAGAGCCCCUCGCUUGACCACAACGUGUGAAUGGCGAGUGGGAGGGUCCCUGGCUGGCUGCGUGACAGGUUUUGUCCACGCGUGGCCCCCGCACCAUUACCGCCGCGCUUAUUCCACGAGCGGGGGGCUCGGUGACAGGAGCGCCGACGGAGCGACAUGAUCCCCGGACACGCUCGCAACCUGCUCGCGGCCGUGACCUGGGUGCUGCUCCUCUCCGGAGCCUCGCCGCGGUCACACCGUCAGGAGCAUGUCAGCUUCGGUGACAGUGAGGAGUGCUCCGAUAGCAACAUCUCCACCACCAAGUACUCCUGCCUCAAAGCCAGUGGGGACGUUGCAACGUGCUACAGAAAGCAGUGCUGCCGGGGCUUCAAGUUCGUGCUGGGCCAGUGCAUUCCUGAAGACUACGAUGUGUGCGCCGGUGCCCCCUGCGAGCAACAGUGCAGCGAUCACUUUGGCCGCGUGGUGUGCACCUGUUACUCCGGCUACCGCUACCACCGCGAGCGCCACAGGAACCGCGAAAAGCCCUACUGCCUGGACAUCGACGAGUGUCGCGACACGAACGUGACGGCGUGCUCCCAACUCUGCGUCAACACGGUGGGGAGCUUCCGCUGCGAAUGCGAUCCGGGCUACUUCCUGGAGGAAGACGGGCGAACGUGCACUAAAGAAGAGAGAGCGCUGCACAAUGUCUUGGAGAAAUCUGACAACGUGAUGAACACGGGGACCUGCUCGGCCACGUGCGAUGACUUCCAGCAGAUCAAGACCACUGUGCUGCAGCUCAAACAGAAGUUGCUGUCAAGCAGUGCUGACGUUCCAGAGCAGAGGACCAACGACAAAAUCUCAGCUGCCUUUUUAACAGGACCCCCGGGCCUGCCUGGCCCACCAGGCGAAUCUGGACCAGAAGGACAGCCGGGUCUUGUAGGACAGUCGGGGCCCCCGGGCCGUCCUGGACCAAGGGGUCUGAUGGGUCCCAUGGGGCCCACGCCAGACUUGACCCACAUCAAACGAGGCCCUCGCGGACCUGUGGGCCCUCCGGGAGCACCGGGAAAAGAUGGACACAAGGGGGAGCGAGGAGCACCCGGGCCUGUCGGACCUCCAGGCCCGCCAGGCUCCUUCGACUUCCUGCUGCUGCUCAUGGCCGACAUCCGCAACGACAUCGCCGACCUCCAGACCAAAAUGUACGGCCGAGCGCCCCUCUUCCCGGGGGAGGAGCUCUCCGCGACGCACGGCGGCUGGCGAGACGGCCAGGACGUCGGCUCCGGCGAGGACGACCGAGGGACGCCGCCGCCGCCGCCGCCGCCGCCGCCGCACUCCCAGAGGACCCGCAAGAGGAAGCGAAGCAGAACCGACCGCAGUGGAUUCUAAAUAGUCAAUGUGAGGUGUAAAUAUCUUAUUAUUAUUUAACUAUUUUUAUUAACAGAAUGUAUCAUAUGCCUUUUGGAUCGCAGAUGUUUAUUUUUCUACGAUAUAUGCAAGAUGAUGAUUAUUUUUUAACAUUUGAACAUUCUUCUCAGCACAUUAAAAGGAAAAACUUACCAUAAAUCUUCACUUUCUCAUUAUGAUUAUGAUGAUGAUGAUGAUGAUUAUUAUUAUUAUAUCAUAGUAUUAUUUGUAAAAGUCACUAAAAAUGGAUGUCAAAUGUUUGGGCUCUUAAAUUUAUUUAUUUAUUUUCAUAAAUUAACAUCUUUAGUCUUGUGAAAAAAACUAUAAUAAUCAUAAAAUCAUCAUUCCCGCUUUUCCACGAGAGAGUGCUUCGGCCUGAGCGCAAAAACAGGAAAUCGGCAAGUUUUCUUUCUUCUUGUAACUUUCAAAUGUUUUCCCAUAAAAAAAAAAUUGUUUGUUUGUUUUUUUGGUCAUAAAACUAACAGAACUAUAGUAUUAGUAUAGUAUUAUAGUAACUAACUAACUAACUAACUAUAUAAUAUAGUAUACAGUAUUUUGGUAAAGUUUUUUUUGUUUUUUUGUUCAUGCUACGCCAAUCUCAUGUUGCGAAUUUUUCUCACAAAACUAUGACCUAAUUCUUGUAAACUUACAACUCUCGCAUAUUUUUUCCCUCAUGAAACUAUAAUGUAAUUGAUGUAACUUUACUACAGUAUUCUGGUUAUGUUAUUAUACAACUUUUUUUGCGAAGAAAUACAACAUUAUUCUCUUCACAUUACAACUUUUUUCCCCAUAAAAAAGCAACUUUGGUAAAAUUCUGAUUUUAUUGUAAAAAAAUGUUGGGUUUUUUUCCUCCCUAAAUGAACAAUUAUAACUUUUUUCGAAUAGAAAUACGUUUCAUAACGGGUGGCAUUUUCUGCUAAAAUGAAAAUUUGUCUCUCAUAAAUUCGCCUUUUUUCAUACGACGUUACGAAUGUUCUCAUCAUCCCACUGUUCUUGUAAGACUACAUCUUUUUCAUGAUAAAAUGGCAAUUCUUUUCUCAAAAAGAUAAUGUUAUUCUUUAACAAAACUAAAUUUUUAGCUCUAAAAAAACAUUCCCAUGGAACAGCUCUUUAUUUUAUUACUUGUACUUUAUUUUGAACGUCUGGUGAAAGAGGUCAAACAAUUUUGCUAAAUGAACUCAAGAUAUUAAUCUUAUAGAUUGAUUCCACAUGUAAGAUGAGUCCACUGUGAAGCUUUGUUGCCGUGGUAACAACAUAACAACUGGUGGAUGAUAAAGUAAAUAUAAUUUUUUUUUAAGGCUUGUUGACAUAUUUCACAGCACUCGAGUAAAUCUUCACUUAAGUCUGCUGACGUAAUAUCACCCGUGUGAAUCGUUCACACACUUUGGACGUUCAUUGUGUAAAUGAUAACAACAUGACAAAUAUCAUAUACACGCAGACACACACACACACACACACACACACUCUCCAGGCUGACAGUGUGACACGUAGCAAUAGAAGUGUUGUUACUGUCCUUACUUUUGUUUCCUUCAUGUGCUUUACACCUAUUUUUUUCUUGUAAAUGUGCAACUUUACUCUUUGAAACUUAAAUCUUUAUGAUAAUUAUUUAUUUAUUUAUUUAAACCUGUCUUGUUCCGCUGCAUGACCUUGCAGAAUGGUGGCGCUGUAUGCCUUUGUGCUGGAACAGUUUGCUGUGCAACAGGGGAAUUUGAAAUACUCCCUCUGCUUAUUUUUUAAUUUUACUAGGACUAGAACAUGGGGACUAGGACAUGCAAUAACUAACCAAGAGAAGCAGAUAAGAGAGGACAGACAAGGGCAGGACAGGAUGUGGGAAAAUGAGCAAGGCAGUGCUACUCUCGAGUGGUGCGGUACGAUUCUUUUUUUAGUGUCUGAAGAACCUGUGAGUUGAUAUGUUAGUAUAACCUGUGAUGUUAUUAGUGAUUCCAGCACAAGUCAUGAAAGUCUAUAGUGUUUCCAUCGAACCUAUUAGUGAAUGAACACCAUAUCACAUGCAUGUUAGUCGACUUGCGUACGGAGUUGCUGAGCCGGCACAUUGAGGAAGGGUGAGCACCCCACUGGUGACAGUCGUGGAAGGAACCAGCGCUCCACAGCACCCGGCCACAUCCAUCCCAAAAAAAAAAAAAAAAAAAUCACCAGCGCCCUGCGAAGCCCCACCCCCGCGCCAAAAUGCCGAGCCCCGGCACGCACCCCCCAAAACAAAAGGCCACAAGCUCUAAACAGGGAGCCAAGCCAAAACCCGCACACACAAACCACCCGACGCGAUGAAACAGUCCCAAAGAACCACCUCAACAACGCUACAUCAGACGCCCAGCCAAAACACUAAUCAAUGAAUACCAAGUCAACCGGGCCACCCCCACACACCGCCAAGAAAAUGGAGGCCCACAAGCCGCACACCGCCCAUCCAAACCACGCAAACUUCCCCGACCCAGCUCCCCAAAAGAACCGGAACCAAGAACCGCCUGGAUGUGAAAACCCACCACCCACCCUUUUACUAUGGUUACCAGGUCCCCGAACUGGCAACCGUUAUCCCUGUACCGUGACUGUGUGUGGUGGAGUGUCCAUCCAUCCAUCCAUUUUCUGAGCCGCUUCUCCUCACUAGGGUCGCGGGCGUGCUGGACCCUAGCCCAGCUAUCAUCGGGCAGGAGGCGGGGUACACCCUGAACUGGUUGCCAGCCAAUCGCAGGGCACAUACAAACAAACAACCAUCCGCGCUCACAUUCACACCUACGGGCAAUUUAGAGUCCUCAAUUAACCUACCAUGCAUGUUUUUGGGAUGUGGGAGGAAAGCGUAGUGCCCGGAGAAAACCCACGCAGGCACGGGGAGAACAUGCAAACUCCACACAGGCGGGGCUGGGGAUUGAACCCCGGUCCUCAGAACUGUGAGGCAGAUGCUGUAACCAGUCGUCCACCGUGCUGCCUUGGUGGUGUGUCGUGCAUUCAAAUUGGAGAAACUGUUGAGGGUGAGGGGAGACGGUCACAGGGCAAUAAUGACCUGCCACCGUCACCCCCACCCAGGCCGACCGGCUCCCCAAAGCAUAUGCCAAUGUAUGUAGUGCUUUAAAAAUCUGCAGGAGAGAAGCAUGGCUGCCCCUCCCCCAGUGCAGAACCAGCACAAAUGUGUCAGCACCCCACCAUACCUGGUGCCAGUCGCCCAGGGAACCCUGAAUGAGAUAUGAAUAUACCCAAUGUGCAAAAUAUGUACAGUGUGAGUAUUACAAAAAAAAGAGUGUGUUAAGUAAGACAUUAGACUCCUGCGGGUCGGGCCCGGCCCGACCGGUCAGCAGACCGCAGAGAAGAGGGGGGAAGUAGGCUCAGGGCAUCACCCGAAUCCGAGCGACCCUAAAACACUUGAUGUCAUGUGAUUAAAAAUCUCACAUUAUUUACUCCCCUGGCAAUAUUUAUUUUUCAUUUUACAAAAUAAAACCAUUCUUAAAAUUAUUAUGUAUUACUAUUCUCAUAACUAUGACUUUUGCUUGUAUGUUUUGCUUAUAUACUGUAUAUAUUUACUUUUAUUUUCAUAAUGUUAAGACUUAUUUAAGACUUAUCUAGUUUUCGUAACAUUUUUCAUGUUUUUGUGUGUCACACAAAAGUCACACUUUGAUUAAAGGUUUCAUAGAAAUCCCCA